CUGAGCUGUCUUAGCUCCGCCUGUUCCGCCGCAGUGUCAGGUGAUGGAGGAGCCGGCGGCCGCUGAGUGUCGGGUCCUUUCCAUCCAGAGCCAUGUCGUGCGGGGAUAUGUGGGCAACAAGGCGGCGUCCUUCCCGCUCCAGGUCCUGGGCUUUGAGGUGGACACUAUAAAUUCGGUGCAGUUCUCUAACCACACUGGGUACGCACACUGGAAAGGGCAGGUACUGAACGCAGAGGAGCUGCAGGAGGUGUACGAGGGGCUGAAGCUGAAUGGGGUCACCCAGUAUGACUAUGUCCUGACAGGUUAUACCCGGGACUCCUCGUUCUUGGCGCGAGUUGUGGAUAUUGUCCAAGAGCUGAAAUGUCAAAACCCACGACUGGUGUACGUCUGUGAUCCUGUCCUGGGUGAUAAAUGGAACGGGGAAGGGUCGAUGUAUGUCCCGGCGGAGCUUCUUCCUGUCUACAGAGAUCUGGUGAUUCCUGUCGCUGAUAUCAUCACUCCAAACCAAUUUGAGGCUGAGUUGCUGACAGGACGUAAGAUCCACACGCAGCAGGAUGCUGUACAGGUCAUGGACAUGCUACAUUCUCUGGGACCAAGCACCGUGGUCAUCACCAGCUCAGAUCUUCCGUCAUCACGGGGCUCCGAUUACCUCAUCACACUGGGGAGCCAGAGAAGAGUGGGGGAGGACGGGCAGAUAAAGACCCUCAGGAUCUGCCUGGAGCUACCCCGGGUUGACGCUGUCUUUGUGGGCACUGGAGAUCUCUUUGCGGCUAUGUUGUUGGCCUGGACUCACCAUCACCCCAGCAACUUUAAGCUGGCCUGUGAGAAGACGGCUUCUGCGAUGCACAUUGUACUGCAGAGGACCAUCGCCAGUGCCCGCGGUCUGGCUGGACCUGGGGUGAGGCCGACGUAUGCUCAGCUGGAACUCCGGAUGGUGCAGAGCAGAAAGGACAUUGAGAACCCGGAGCUAAUCAUUCAGGCCACUGUGUUAUAAAGUCUGGUUACUAAGAAACCUCGGGACCAAUGUAGAGACUCCACUCCUAACCCACAGAGAGCAUAUCCCCUGAACCGGAGGAGCUCUACCCACAGCAGGAAGGGGAAACCUCCAGGCUCUCUGUGGCCCUCUGUCCUGUGUGCCAAACAGUCACCAGCAACCUGCAAGAAGCCACAAUCCAUCCUGACAAUCCCUGCCCUUCCGCAGGGGUCUCCUGAUUCUCUUUCCCCUCCUGGCGGGGUGGUUGCGGAUGAUCAGGGUCAUAUUUGUGCGUCGCUGUGCAGGAUGUUUUCAGAACGCAUUGAUUUGUCGUUUCAAUUGCACAUAGAUAAUAAAAUAAUCGUCUUCUAGAUGAU